CCCUUCAAAUAUUUUCUCUCUACCUUUCUUUAAUAAAUCUUUCAAUCUCACCGGCCGGAAAACAGAAAUUACAAGAGUUCACAUCAUCAAUCCAAAUCUCAAGCCCAAGUAUUUGAAAAUAACAGCUCCGUCUUUACACAUUCAAGAUUUGUGUUGAACAACAAGCAUUAUAAUGGCUUUCGAAAGAGAUGGUGAUCUUAACCUUGAGGCAACAGAGCUCAGAUUAGCUCUACCGGGCACCACCGCCGCCACCGAAGAGUCUCAUGUUACUGCUAAGUGCAACAAAAGAUCAUUUCCUGACAUGAAUGACGAUCGCUCAGAAUCAAGAAACAACUCUAAUGUCUCUAAUGACAAAAAGGGUGACCAAGAAACUACUUCUCCACCCACCAAGGCACAAGUGGUUGGAUGGCCACCAGUCAGAUCUUACCGGAAAAACUGUUUUCAGGCAAGGAAAACAGAGGCUGAGGCUGCUGGAAAUGGAAUUUACGUUAAAGUUAGCAUGGAUGGUGCUCCUUAUCUUAGAAAGAUUGACUUGAAGGUCUACAAAUGUUACACAGAGCUUUUUCAAGCUUUAGAGGACAUGUUCAAGUUCAAAGUUGGUAAAUUUUCUGAGAGGGAAGGCUACAAUGGGUCAGAAUUUGUACCGACAUACGAAGAUAAAGAUGGUGACUGGAUGUUGGUUGGCGAUGUUCCAUGGGAUAUGUUCAUUAAUUCUUGCAAGAGGUUGAGAAUCAUGAAAGGAUCAGAAGCUAGAGGCCUGGGUUGCGCUGUGUAAAUUAAUCUUUCAUAGACAUAGUCCCAGCAAGCCACGUAGUAAACAAAAAUCCAGAGCAUCUUCAUGAAGAACUAGAAAGCCAGAGCAGGCUGAGUUCUCCGCCGCGGAGAGACAUUAACCUGGCCGAGAUGUUUAUCCAUAUAUCUCACAACAAACAAGAAAACAAAAAUCCUGGAAUUCUCUUUUUUUCUUAAAUGGGAAUUCAAAGUCGGCAAAGAAAAACUUGUAUAUGGAGAUCACGUUCACAGAUCUGCAUGUAUAGUUUGGUAUUUUUAGUUUUGCUUCGAGUUCAUGGAAUUGUACAAAAGAAAUUCAUGACAAGUUUUCACAAUUUUUUUUUUUUUGUUCAUGUAAUGGUGAAUGAUAUUUUUACAUCAUAACCGAAUUAUGAUGUUGCUAUAAAUUAAAAUCUUUUUUUUUUUUUUUCUUUUCAA